AUGGAUGCGGAUACAAUCCAUGAAAACAAACUCAAUGCGAAGACCCCCGAAGACCUCGGAAGUGGAGAUGAAGUUGAUGGAUCAUCUCCAGCUUCAAACGUUCCUCCUCGCUCGCGCAGUCAAAGCUACGUCGAAGAAGACGAUGAAAUGGCUGAAGGAGAAGAACAGUACGAAGAACAAGCCGACGAUUAUGACUCACAAUAUGACUACGAUGAUGAGGAGGACCACUAUGUACCCCGUUUGGGCACACGGCCGGAACAAGAAGAAUUCAGCGACGAGGAAUCUAACGUCGACAAUUCUAGCCAGGAUGAAUCAGAACAAUACCGGAGCUUCCCCUCCCGCCCGAAGACCCAGGAAGUAAUCGUGCUGGACAGCGACAGUGAGGAUGAACCUGCUCCUGGUCACCCACCGGUCUCCACUUAUCAACUUCAUGAGCAAGACGAGCGUUCAGAAAGCCCCGAAUCUGGCCAGUCCGGACCACGGUAUGCCGAUAGAACGCGGAGCGCAGAGGAAUCGUACGACAGCGAUCAAAGCGAAGAAAGCAAAGAAAAGAACGACUAUGAAUCCGAUGACCAAGAUGGUCGAGUGCAUGACAGCGACAAGGCUGACGAAUCACCAUUUGAUGGAUUUUCGGGAGACGAAGGUGCCCCGGAACAUCAACAGGAAGUUGCUUCAGUCAAUGCGGAACAGGAUGCUGAUGCCCCGCUGGCAGAGUUUGAGGACGAAGAGCCAGACGAUCGAGACUCUGGUUUGAUAGCUAGCCUCGGGUCACAGCUGGAAGCAGCUUCAAAUCAAGGCUCUGACAAAGAACAGGCUUUUGAUGAUUAUCAAAGUAUACCCAAAGUGCCUGAAGCUAUGGACCAGGAACCAGCUGAAAAUAGUGAGAAUAUGGCUGAUUCUGUCCUACACUCUGACGCCGAAAAGAUCGAUACCUUUUUCAAUGUGGACGGGCCGUCUGAUUCGUACGUUUCUCCGUCCUUUGAGGAUACAGCCGACUUUGUGUCGGCGCACGAACAAACCAUUAUAACCACUGAGUUUACCAAUCUUGAUCCUCAAAUCGAGCCUGCAGCAUCAGGGAUUAUCACUUCUCUAUCCGAGCAACAACUCCCGACCUCAGACUCUACUCAAGAUUCUGCGUUGCCUAAUCAGAGUCAUGUUGAACCUAAGGCACCCACGGCUGGUGAACGAGAUGAACCUGUGGACCUUGACGUAUCUCUCCCGCAUAUGCGUACUGCUGGUUCGCUUCCGCCAGAAAUGGAUGAUAUUCCUGAGCCAGACAACGUACACCACGCCGAGGAAAGUCAGUAUGGUCUCGACAGUGCAACAGAUCACCCAAGCGAACGCCAAUCCUUGGAGGUUGUCAUCGGCACUGAAGUCGCAGAAACACCGGAAGUGCUCGUGACAGCGCCGCAGCCUACAAUUCCCGAUCGCAGUGCCUCCGGAUUACGCAGCAAGCAUUCUUAUUUCGCUCCCCUCGCCACACUCAUUGAUCACUACAAUGCUCUGGUAGACACCAUUUCAAUCGUCCACGAAGUUUCCCCAAUCGUCAAAGCCAAAACAGGCACAAAGGAUUGGUUCAUGACCAUCCAGUUGACAGACCCCUCCAUGGCCGGCACCACUCUCCACGCCCAGAUCUUCCGACGCUACAAAUCGACCUUCCCAUCAUUAGUCGAAGGCAACGCCGUUUUGCUCCGUGACUUCAAAGUUCGAAGCUUCAACCACACCGUGAUGAUCGUCAGUGCGGAAACCAGCGCCUGGGCCGUCUUCGAUGACUCACGCCCCGACGCCCAGAUCAAUGGACCUCCUGUCGAAUAUGACUCAGAGGAAAGUGAAUACGGGGCAGACUUGCGUCAGUGGUAUACCGAAAUCGGCUCGGCUCGCGUUGCGGAUCAUCAGCUUCAAGCUUCGAUCGAGAGGGAAAGCAUGGAUCGUGAAAUGUCGGUUCCGCUCAGUGAGUCGGGAAGCCCGGAUUCUACCCGGAGUUCGCGACGCUCUCGUAGAGGACGGAGUGGACGAGUUACUAUUCAUUCGCUGAGGGAUGGUACUCGCUACAUUGAGGUUGGGUCUCCGAAUAGCAGAGGGACUGAUAGCAUUCACGAGUUGCGGGAUGGUACUGUGUACUCUAACCCAUGA